CCUAGGUAUAGUUAAUGCGGGGUGGGCCGUGAUCCUGGCUGACUCAGCAUAUUUGGCGUCAUGUCGCGAAUCGUUCGUUCGUUCGUUCGUUCAUGUGGAGUUCGGCGUCUGGAGCUGCAAUCGAUGUAUCACUUUCACUUCGAAAUCUUUUCGUCGUCCGGCGAGUGUUUUAAUUUUGUUGCUUCAUUAACCUGAGAAAUCAAUCUUCAUUAUAAACCCGGUUCCAUACCAGCAUACUAUCCCUUAUAUCGCAAUUGGCGACCACUUAAAGACCGGCUUAAACGAUAACUAUAGCUAUCGGGCUUUACUUGCCCCACGCCCCAGAUAUGUUCAAUCCAAACAAUGCUGCUCCAUGGCAUUACAACCAGAAUCCAAUCGUGAUCGACUCGGAAUCGGACGAAAACGAAGAAGAGGAGGAGGAAGAAGAAGAAGAAGAAGACGAGGCCGAUUCUAUGCAGGUAGAAACCCACAGUCGACAGGCUCCUCGACGCGGAAUGGGAGGCUAUAAUCGUCGAUAUAACGGCGACGUUGGUCCAUCUUUGGAUCGCCUAGGACCCCCGCUGUCAGCCUACCAUACCUCAAUCGAACAAGAAAAGAAAGUCCGCUGUCGACUGCGCGAGGAACGCCACGCGGCUCUUUGCGUCUUGAUGGAUCGCGAAAUACUUACCAUCCAGGCAUUAGCUGCGCAAGAGACCAUUCCUCAAGCCCGUCGACGCUUUCUCGCAAAGCUAAUGGCCCCUGAAGACCCUGAUGUCGCCGCAUCCAUCCGCGCCGACCAAUUCACAAUCCAACGACCUUCCUCUUCUCUCUCCUCCAGUGCUCUUUACCAUAACAUUAAACUUGAGCAUAUGAAUGUUUCAAAAGUUGUCUCCAGGGCUAUCGUUGAUGUUUGUGAGACUGAUGAUACGGGCUGGUACCGCCCCGACGCUGAUACUGGACCUUCGAGCGCGGCGGGGUCACCUGGCCUUUCGUCGCCCGCGUCAGCAUCAAAGGUGAAGGGGAAACUGACCCCCGAUCGGGCGAGGGCUAAUAGGAGAGUUUCCUCAGGGCGACAACAACGAGAUAGAAGGAGGCGAUGGAGUGGCGCGGAAAGACAAGAUCAUGGAGUUUCGUUACAAGGAUUGCCGUCUUGA